CUCAUUAGCUAAUUAUUGAUAAAACCACUUCUCCAAUUAUUUGUGAUUAAAUAUUAAUCAUCCACAAAAUUAAAAUGGGAAGAUCACCUUGCUGCGAGAAGACAGGCCUCAAGAAAGGGCCAUGGACAUCUGAGGAAGACAAGAAGCUUGUUGACUAUAUCCAGCAACAUGGAUAUGGUAACUGGAGAACACUUCCCAAAAAUGCUGGUUUGCAGAGAUGCGGCAAGAGUUGUCGUUUAAGGUGGACUAAUUAUCUCCGACCAGAUAUAAAGCGAGGAAGAUUCUCCUUGGAAGAAGAAGAAACUAUUAUUCAGCUUCAUAGCUUUUUAGGAAACAAAUGGUCUGCUAUUGCGGCACGUUUGCCUGGAAGAACAGAUAACGAGAUCAAGAACUUUUGGAACACACAUAUAAGAAAGAAGUUGCUUAGAAUGGGAAUCGAUCCAGUGACUCACAGUCCACGACUCGAUCUCCUCGACAUCUCAUCCAUCUUAGCAUCAUCUUUAUUCAAUUCCUCUUCACAUCAUGUGAACAUGUCUAGACUCAUGAUGGAUGUUCAUCGUCAGCAGCAACAACAUCCUUUGGUUAACCCCGAGAUACUCAAGCUCGCUACUUCAUUGUUCUCCCAAAACCAAAACCAAAACCAAAACCAAAACCAAAACCAAAACCAAAACCAAAACCAAAACCAAAACCAAAACCAAAACCAAAACUACAUGGUGGAUCAAGACAUUAAAACCCACCAGAACCAAACGGUUUAUCAUCAUGAUGUUAACCAAGCCUACCAUACUGAUCACAAUCAAGAGCUCCAAUCUUGCAUGCCGCCAUUACCCAAUGAAGUUCAGUUCAACGACAUGAGUCAUCAGUUCAAUGGUUUUGGAGAGCAAAAUUACGCUACAACCUCAAACACAUCAGUCCAAGAUUGCAAUAUUCCAUCGUUCAACGACUAUACAAACUCUAGUUUUGUAUUAGAUCCUUCUUAUUCGGACCAAAGCUUUAGCUUCGCUAAUUCGGUCUUGAACACGCCAUCCUCGAGCCCGGCUACGUUAAACUCCAGCUCCACGACUUACAUCAACAGUAGCAGUUGCAGCACCGAGGAUGAAAUGGGAAGCUAUUGCAGUAAUCUCAUGAAGUUUGAUAUUUCCGAUUAUUUGGACGUUAAUGAUUUUCUCAUAUAAUUUGGAGAAAAAGUAAAACUCAUUGGCGGGAUAGUUCUUUUACUUGUUGUAAAUUUUCUAUUUGAGUUGUUUUACAUG